UCUUUUUUUUUUAAAAACCAUAUAAAUACAAAAAUAAAAAUAUUCAAUAAAUUUUUUAAAAUGAAAUUAUAAAAAUACUAAAAUAUAUCUAUUAUAUUUUAAUUAAUAUUAUAAAAUUUUAAAAUAAAAAUAUUUUCUAUAAUUUUAAAAAUUUAAAACUAUAACUUUGAAAAUAUAAUUUACAUAUUUAUUAUAAUAUUAUGAUUUUUGAUAUUUUUAUAAUUAUAUAAAAUGUAAAUAUUGUUAAUUUGUUAUUUAACCGCUGUUGUAUUUGGUAGAUAACCAGUCAUAAGUAUCCCGCAAAUGCACCAAUUUCUAACCGCAGAACCAGUCGUACAAAUCUUUUAAAACCGCUAGAAACCGCAACUAUCCGCAACCGCAAACGUCCGCAGCCGCAACCGCAACCGCUGCGUUUGAACCAGUCAGACAUUGACAGUUAUUUUUUAAAAAUAUUUUAGUCGAUAGACUUAUUACGUACCAUCUAAACCUAAUUACGAUGGUAUUAGAUACAAUUCAAUAAAACAUGGUUAUUUUUGUAUUUGUAAUGUCUAUGGCUAAUGGUCACUCCGUCUAUGGAUUCCAUCAUGUGCGCAACGGAUUGUGUAUUGUUUUCGAGAAUUUCGAAAAGAUGUCUAUUGGCAUACGGUCACUGCAUGAUUAUUUUCCGUAUCAAUUCAUUUUUUCCCUAAAUAGAUCACCGUAUACCAAAAAUCCAGAUGUUAUUCAAGAUAUAGUAUUAGGUUUAUUUACAAAACAAAAAGUAGUCAGAAUUUGCCGAAAAAAUUGGAUCAAGCAAUGCGGAAGAGAAAUCAAAUGAAAUAGGGACAAAAUACGAUCACACCAAAGCAUUGAGAAUCCUACCGAAAGCACACAGCCUACACUCAAAAAUAAAUCAUAUUAGUGAUUCAAAAGUACGUAAAUAAGAGAAAUGGCAAACACAGAGCCAGCGACGGUUACCAACAAGCAAAUCAUAUUCUCAGGUUAUGUGAGUGGAUUCCCGAAGGAAUCCGAUCUAAAAGUCACCACAACCACCAUUGAUCUAAGGAUUCCAGAGAGAUCCACAUCAGUUCUGGUGAAGAAUCUUUACUUGUCUUGCGAUCCUUACAUGCGCAUUAGCAUGGGAAAGCCUGAGCCGUUGAGUUCUUCGCUCGUCCCACCGUUCAAUACCGGCGAGCCAAUCAUUGGCCUUGGAGUGUCUAAAGUGAUAGAUUCAGGACAUCCAGAUUACAAAAAAGGAGACUUACUCUGGGGAGUAGUUGGAUGGGAGGAGUACAGUGUUAUUACUCUAUUUCCUUACUCACAUUUUAAGAUCCAUCACACAGAUGUUCCAUUAUCUUACUACACUGGGCUUCUUGGCAUGCCUGGUAUGACUGCUUAUGCUGGAUUUUACGAAAUUUGUUCACCUAAGGGAGGAGAGACAGUCUUCGUGUCAGCUGCAUCCGGUGCAGUUGGUCAGCUUGUUGGACAAUUUGCAAAGCUGAUGGGUUGUUAUGUGGUUGGAAGUGCCGGUAGUAAAGAAAAAGUUGAUCUUCUCAAGACAAAGUUUGGAUUUGACGACGCUUUCAAUUACAAGGAGGAGAAUGACCUUAACAUAGCCCUAAAGAGGUUAGAAAUUACAUAUUUAGUUAAUAGAUAGACGACAAUCAUAUACUACAUCUUUGGCUUAUUCUAAAAUUAAUAAAUAACUUACUAGGUAUUUCCCGGAAGGGAUCGACAUAUAUUUCGAAAACGUGGGAGGCAAAAUGUUGGAUGCAGUGCUGAUAAACAUGAAGUUGAAUGGUCGUAUCGCAGUUUGUGGAAUGAUCUCACAGUAUAAUUUAGUGGAUCCAGAAGGUGUACACAAUCUAACCACGAUCCUUUACAAGAGGAUAAAGGUUCAAGGCUUUGCUGUCUCUGAUUUCUACGACAAAUACUCAAAGUUUUUGGAUUUUGU